AUGUCGUCAACCAAUCAGUUCAAGGUCCUCAUAGCUGGGGGAAGUCUUGUGGGUCUUGGCCUAGCCCUAGCUCUUGAGCGCGCCGGAAUCGAUUAUGAGCUGUUCGAAAAGGGAGACUUUGCAACACAGCUAGGAGCCUCUAUCGGAAUCCAUCCACACACCAUAAGGAUCCUAGAGCAGCUGGGAGUAUGGAAAGAUAUCGAGAAACAGGUUGUACCUCUCAUGAAUCGAAACCAUUAUGACGGAAACGGCCAUUGCUUUGAGGAGUCGCAAGUCCUCAGCCACAUCAAUGAAAUUCAUGUGAGAGAUAAAUCGAAGCUGCAUACUCGAACAGCCGUCGUUGGAUAUGAAGAAACCGCACAGGGUAUUACUGUCACCACCGAAGAUGGCAAGCAGUACCAUGGGCAUAUCCUUAUCGGAGCGGACGGAAUCCACAGCAAAGUGAGGAAGCUGAUGGCAGACAAAAUCAGCCUGACUGAUCAGCCUCUUGCCAAAGCAAUUAACGAGUCAUUCACAAGCGAGUACAACUGCAUCUUUGGUGUUUCUCGGAACGAUCCCAAGAAUCAGUUUUUACCUGAUGCAAUGGUCCAUAACGUUUACUACCAUGACUACUCAGCAGUAGCAGCUGCUGGUGUACCCGGCCUUGUGUUUUGGUUUCUUUUUGUCAAAGCUCCUAAAUUAACGAGAACUCCUAACUGCCCACGAUUCACCGAUGAGGACGCAGAGAAUACUAUCCAAAAAUAUGGAAGCUCUCUAGUAGGCCCUGGGUAUACCGUGAAAGAUCUCUGGGAUGCUCGUGUCAAAGGCACAAUGGUACCAUUGGAAGAAGGUAUUGCCAAACAGUGGAGUCAUAACCGGGUAGUUUUAAUGGGCGAUUCAGUUCACAAGGCUACAAUCAACCCUGGGUUAGGUGGCAACCUUGCCUAUGAAGGUAUCGCUCGUUUGACCAACGGUCUCGUGCCAUUAUUAAAAGAGAACCCUAUGCCCUCUCUUGAGCAGUUGACGGAGGUUUUUAAUCAGUAUAUUACUGGUCAAAAGCCACGAGCAGAAACGGUCGUCGAUCUUUCCGGUCAGAUCACCCGCUACGAAGCCCAAGACAGCUGGGUCCUCAAAUUUGCAGCCCGUCAUGUUGUGCCCUGGGUUAGCGACAGACUCAAGGCCAAGCUGUAUGCCAGUUUCUCGAGAGGCGGCCCUUGUUUGAAUUAUCUUCCACCACCUGCGGGUGACACAGGUUUGUCAAAACCUGCUAAGCAGCCUAGCGGUGGCAUUUCCCCGAAGAUGAUCACAUUCAUGGGCAUGGGCGGCACUGCUGCUAUUUUGUGGCAUGUGAAUACACAGUAUGCUUUGCUUCCCACAUUCUCAUUCUCCGCCUUUAUGAGAUAG